UCUUAAUUAAUUCUUUCUUACUCUUUCGUUUUUCAAUGGCCCCCUCUUCUGAUCAUAACACAUUUGAUGUCAUCAACUACGCCGUUCACGAAGGGCAUGGAGUGAAGGGUCUCUCCGAGUUGGGCCUCAAAUCCCUCCCUAAGCAGUAUGUUCAGCCCAUUGACGAGAGAAUCGACAUGACCACCGUCAUCGACGAACACUCCAUUCCCGUCAUCGACAUGUCCGAUCCAAAAGUCGCUGAUUCCAUUUGCGACGCUUCCGAGAGGUGGGGCUUCUUUCAAGUCGUCAACCACGGGGUCCCUCUUAAGGUACUCGACGAGGUCAAGGAAUCCACAUACCGCUUCUUCAGACAGACGGCUGAGGAAAAAAAUAAACAUUCAAAAGAUAAUUCUCCCACCAAUAAUGUCCGGUUUGGGACUAGCUUUACUCCUCAUGCUGAGAAAGCACUAGAGUGGAAAGACUUCCUCAGUCUCUUCUACGUCUCACAAGAAGAGGCCGAUGCCUGUUGGCCCCAAGCUUGCAAGGACGAAGCUUUGGAAUUCUUGAAGAGCUCAGAAGUCAUGAUCAAGAAGCUUCUCGUGGCGCUGACUCAGCGGCUCAACGUGAAAGAGAUCGACGAAGAGAAGGAAAACUUGCUGAUGGGAUCGAAGAGGAUCAACAUGAACUACUACCCAAAAUGCCCUAACCCCGAGCUCACCAUCGGAGUCGGGCGCCACUCCGACGUCUCCACUCUCACCAUCCUCCUACAGGACCAAGUGGGCGGGCUCUACGUGAGGAAACUCGAGACCGACAGUUGGAUCCACGUUCCACCAAUCGAGGGGGCCAUCGUCAUCAACAUCGGAGACGCCCUUCAGAUAAUGAGCAACGGACGCUACAAGAGCGUGGAGCAUCGAGUGGCUGCAAACGGAAACCACAACAGGAUAUCGGUUCCCAUAUUCGUGAACCCUAGACCAAACGACGUGAUCGGACCCUUGCGGGAGGUCAUAGAGAGCGGGGAGACUCCCAUCUACAAGCAAGUGCUCUACUCUGACUACGUGAAGCACUUCUUUAGGAAGGCUCACGACGGGAAGGGCACCGUUGACUUCGCCAAGAUUUAGUAUUUGAAUCAUAUAUACCAUACGAAUAAAUUUAUUAUUUUGAUUUAAUUGAUAAGUAUUUGUCAUAAUUUGUUUGUUGAAGAAACAAGGAGAUUAAUGUACUCAAUAUCAAUGUAUGUACUUAUUAAGUUUAUAAUAAUUUUUAUGAUGAGAAUCUUA